AGAAAGAACAGAACUGCCCAAAAUGGCCAAAUCAGAACAUAUACUUGUGUUGUACUUGUUCUACUUCAUAUUCAAUUUUUGUUGUAGCCCUUCACUUUGUUGUCCACAAGAUCAGAAAGAAGCUCUCCUCCAAUUCAAAUCCUUACUUGUUGGUGAUUCGUUGAGAAACAAACCCAUGAACACAAUGGUCACUGGAUUGGAUUCAUGGAAUUCCAGUUCAGAUUGUUGUCAAUGGGACCUGGUCAUUUGCCACCACAGCUCAUCUUCACCACAGGUGACUGGUCUUAAUCUCUGCGCAGCCAUUCCUUCACAACCCUUGAAGACUGCUGUGACUUCAGAUGUCUUGACACCCAUUUUUCGCAUAAGAAGUCUCAUGCUGCUUGACAUUUCCUUAAAUUCAAUACAAGGUCAAAUUCCUGGAAUUGGUUUUGCCAAUUUGUCCAAACUAGUCCAUCUUGAUCUGAACGAGAAUUGCUUCAGUGGUUCUAUUCCUUCACAGUUGUUUAAUUUGAGGUACCUACAGUACCUUGAUCUAAGUAGCAACUCAAUUGAAGGGACGUUGAGUGGUGAUCCUAGUAAUCUUACGAAUUUGAAGCUACUGAACAUGGAUGGGAACUUUCUUCGAGGAAAUAUCCCUGUAGAGACUAGAAACUUAACUGGGUUGCAAACAUUGUCACUUCGUCGAAACAAAUUUUCUUGUAGCAACUCGAUUCAAUGGAUGCUGAGUGGUGAGGUUGGUAACCUUAGGAAUUUGAAGGUAUUGAAGAUGGAUGAAAACUUUCUUCAAGGAAAUAUCCCAAUGGAAAUUGGAAACUUAACUGGGUUGCAGAUAUUGACACUUCAUCAAAACAAAUUUUCUGGUAGUAUUCUACUGUCCAUGUUAAAUUUGAGGGAGCUGCAAGUGUUAGAUUUGCGAAAUAAUGCUCUUUCUAUGGAGAUACCAGCCAACAUUGGGGGCUUGUUGAAUAUGUCAACUUUGGCAUUGAGCAAGAAUAACUUGAGUGGUGGAAUUCCAUCAUCAAUUCAAAAGAUGGGUAAGUUGGAGACACUUCGACUGGACAACAAUUUUCUCUCGGACGAGAUCCCAACAUGGUUGUUCAGCCUCCCGGGGAUGAAGAAUUUGCACCUUGGAGGAAACAAACUCACCUGGAAUAACAAUGCCGUGGUAGUUCCAGAGUGUGUGUUGUUUGAGUUGUCUCUUAGUUCUUGUGGUCUUUCAGGGCAUAUUCCUAUCUGGCUUUCCAAUCAAACUAAUCUUAGUUUCUUGGACUUGAGUAAAAAUGAGCUCGAAGGAACCUUUCCACAAUGGCUAGCUGAAUUGGAUGUUAGAAGUAUAAUUUUAUUAGAUAACAAGCUUACGGGUUCUCUGUCCCCUCGUUUGUUCCAAAGUCAAAAUUUAUCUGUCCUCGCUCUGUCAAGGAACAACUUCUCCGGGGAAUUGCCAGAAAACAUAGGUGAAGCCACUGAUUUGAUGAUACUCUUGUUGUCCUGUAACAACUUUUCUGGGCCUGUGCCCCUUUCCAUCUCGCAUGUCUGUGGGUUGAUAUUGCUAGACUUGUCGUCAAACAGCUUUUCAGGAAGCAAAUUCCCAAUUUUCCACCCACAGGCUGAUGUUGCUUACAUUGAUGUUUCCUCUAACAGAUUGUCAGUUGAGGUUCCUUCAACUUUUGGUAGAGAAACAAUAUUGUUAUCACUGAGUCAAAAUGAGUUUUCUGGUCACUUGCCUUUGAGCUUGUCCAAUUUAAGACAGCUUGAACACCUUGAUCUCCAUGACAACAAAAUCACAGGUGAAUUCCCAUCAUUUCUCUCUCAAAUGCAUUCUCUUCAUGUCCUUAGUCUUCGGAACAAUUACCUCAAGGGGUCAAUCCCCAAUGAUCUGUCAAAUCUUAGUAGUCUUCGAAUCUUAGACCUGUCCAACAAUCACCUUACUGGAAACAUUCCUCCAAGUUUUGGAGACCUCAUGGGAAUGAUUAAUAUUUCCUUUAUCUCAUCAACUCUCCCUGACGCAUUUACCUUGGCUAUGAAAUUCCCGGAUGAUCUUUUCUUUGGAUCACCAACUCUGGCUGAUACAUUUUCCUUUGCUAUACAAUACCAUAACCAAAUCCCUGACCUGGUUGUCAACUGGAAGAAGUCAAAACAAGAUUUAUCCAGCAACCUUAAUAUUUACUCUUUGUUAGACCUAUCAAACAACCAAUUAUCAGGUGAAAUUCCUGCUUCAUUAGGUGGUCUCAGAAGCCUCAAGUUACUCAAUAUGUCCUUCAACUUGCUCUCAGGAAAAAUUCCUGCAAGUUUUGGCUAUUUGGAGAGUUUAGAGGCCUUGGAUUUGUCACACAAUAAUCUAUCAGGUGAAAUACCACGAACUUUUGCAAAGCUCCUUGAAUUGAACACGUUAGACUUGAGCAACAACAAGCUUGUGGGUCUCAUUCCAGAGGGUCCUCAGAUGGACAGGCUAAAUGAUCCAAACUUUUAUGCAAACAACAGCGGAGUAUGCGGGAUGCAAAUUCAGGUGCCUUGUCAGGAAAUCUUACCAGGACAAGAGUACAAGGAGAAUGAGUUUUCAUGGGAGUUUGCAGGAAUAGGAUACCCAGUUGGGUUAUUUUCAACACUUGCAUUUGCCUAUGCUAGUGGCUACUUCGACAACACAGCAUGGUGGUGCCGCCACCAGCCUACUCUUCGGCUAAGGCCAUGGGCAUGAAUUUCCUAAGGAUUCAGAAUAUGUUUAGUGAUUGGGUUUCAUUCCCUGUAUUUUUUUUGUAAUUUUUAGAAUUGAAGUACUUUUGGGCCACUUCUUAGGUUUUUGUAGAUUUUCUCUAUUAUAGCGCGGUCAAAUAUUAUGCAAUGCUUAAUCUUUCACACUUCAAGAAGUGGAAUGCUUUGGACAAUCACAAUUGUCCAUAUCACUGAUCCUUCACCUUCAGUAACACCAAUCCCAUCCUGUUGAUAUAUAAGUUGAAAUUUCAUUUUCUUUUA